UCGUCAAUUUAUUUCAUCAAUUGGUUCGUUGUUUUCAACAGGAGGCAUCUAAUAGGAUAUUUAUCCUCUUUAAUAGCAAUAAAUUUUUAAUUCGACUGAUCGUAGAGAGUGUUGAAACAGAAAUAUGUGACAAUUGAGUCGAUGAUUGUGUGAAAAUGUUGAAUUAAUGGUGUUGUCUUCAUUGUUCUAAAAAUUGAAAUGUGUUGAAGGAAUGUAGUUGAAGUGGAAGAAUAUCGGGAAUGAGUAGAAUACGUGCGCAAGACAUCGAUUUGGACGAUAUCCUACCAAAAAUUGGAGAGUUCGGACGUUAUCAAAAAUUGAUGUUAUGGUUUGUUUGUCUGCCAGCAUGUUUCCCUUGUGGAUUUUGUGCUUUCAAUCAGCUCUUCAUGACUGAUACUCCUCCGCAUUGGUGCUGGAUUCCGGAGUUGCAUAAUUUAACAUCAGAACAGCGAAAACUGCUAUCAAUUCCCAAUGAAAAUGGUACGAAAUAUUCCAAAUGCUACCAGUAUGAUUCAAAUUGGGCCAACGUUAUGAUGAAUGAGCCUAUGGCAGAUAGUGAAGAGACAAAAAAAAUUGUGGAGUGCAAGAAUGGAUGGGAGUUUGACAUGAGUGAGAUACAAUCGACCAUCGUUAAAGAUUUUGAGCUUGUCUGUGAUAAGGAUAUUUAUCCAACCCUAGGUCUAGUCGCUUUGAACUUUGGUGGUCCCAUAGGAGUGUACGUUUUUGGUAUGCUCAACGACAGGAUAGGACGCAAAAAAUCUUUCUUUACAUGCUUAACAACACUACUUUGCGGAAGUUUUCUGACAGCAUUCGCAGAGAAUUUUACCAUGUGGAUUUUCAGCAGAUUUAUCGUUGGUCUCACAAUUCCUGCCAUUUAUCAGAUUCCAUUCAUCAUAUCUUUGGAGCUGGUGGGUCCUAGCUACAGAGCUUUCGUGACAGUGCUGACAUGCAUGUUUUAUACGAUUGGCCUUUGUAUGCUGGCUGUAGUAGCUUAUCUAAUAAGGGAUUGGCGACAACUCAGUCUAGCCACUUCAGUUCCAUUCACCCUAUAUUAUUUCUAUUGGUUCGUCCUUCCAGAAAGCCCACGGUGGUUGUUAGCCAAAGGCCGAUUUGAUGAGGCCCUGAAAAUUUUGAAAGAUUUGGCAGAGACCAACGACAAAGAGUUACCGCCAAGUUUCAUACAAAAUUUGAAGAGGACUAGGAGCAAGAGUGAAGAGGAGGAAUUGAAGAAGAGUCCUGGACUUAAGGGUUUAUGCGGUUCCCCAAAUAUGAGACUGAAGACAUCAUUGAUCACGCUCAAUUGGUUCGCCAACGAGAUGGUUUAUGUUGGCUUGAGCUAUUAUGGUCCGUCCUUGGGAAGCAAUGAAUAUUUGAGUUUUUUACUUUCGUCUGCUGUUGAGAUUCCUAGUUAUCUGAUGUGUUGGAUGAUAAUGGAUAAAUGGGGAAGAAGGUGGCCUCUCUGUUUGUGUAUGGUUAUAAGUGGAGUUAGUUGCAUUGCUACUGUUUUGUUGCCACAAGACGCAGUGAUCACCACGCUGGUGUUGUUUUUGAUCUCCAAAAGUGCGAUAUCUGCAUCAUUUUUGAUAAUAUACCCAUUUGCUGGUGAAUUAUAUCCCACUCAAUUACGAGGAAUAGGAAUCGGAUUUUCAGCAUAUGUUGGAGGUUUGGGAUUGAUAAUUAUACCUUUCAUCACUUACCUGGGCUCCGAAAUGCUGAUUCUUCCACUGAUUAUAAUGGGGUCUAUCUCGGUUAUUGGGGGAAUUUCUGGAUUGAGAUUGCCUGAAACUCUUCACCACCGUCUACCACAAACUGUUGAAGAAGGAGAGGAAUUUGGAAAAAAUUUCACCAUGGAAGAUUGCCUAAGAUGCAUUCCUAUGAGACCAGAUAUAUCUCGUGCAGCCUCAUAUGAAAAUUUGGAAUUACAACAAUUGGAACCACAAGAGGACACUCCCUUAGAUCUGCCUAGACAGAGGAGAGUUUCCAUGCGAAAAUUGGUGAAGCAACAAAGUAUCAUGGAUACUCCAAAGGAUGAACAUGGAAAUAUGAAAAUAACAUAUUGGGUUUAGUUAUUUUUAUCCUAAAGAUAGUAUAAUUUGUUUUCAUAAAAAAAGUGAAUAAAUGAUUUCCAAUUGUUU